AUGGAUAUUGUACCUGACAGAAAUACACCUGUAACCCAACUGAUUGUUCAGUGGGCAUUUACCGGGAUUCGCUUAGCAUUAUCCCCCGGGGCAACAAUCGGGUACGUUGCAUUUUUCGAACUUCUGAUAUUGCUUUUGCGACCUGACAUUGUCGACAAGGAUAACAGAGUACGCAUCGUUCCAACGGAAGAGUUGCCAAGUCAGUUCGACUUUAUAAUAAUCGGCGCAGGAUCCGCAGGAGCUGUACUAGCUAACCGACUAACGGAAAAUACAAACUGGACUGUCUUGCUACUAGAAGCUGGAGGUGAUGAAAGAGUUAUCUCCGAUGUACCUGGAUUGAUGUAUAAUCUUGUGAACACUGAUAUGGAUUGGAAAUUCAAAACUGAACCUUCAUCGACCCAUUGUAAAGGCAUGGUCAACAAUCAAUGCAGCUGGACCAUAGGUAAAUCACUUGGAGGGAGCAGCAGCCUUAAUUACAUGCUAUACGUACGUGGAAACCGAAGAGAUUACGACAACUGGAGGGAUUUAGGAAAUCCUGAAUGGGGAUACGAUGACGUUUUACCGUAUUUCAAAAAAGCAGAAAAUAUCACGAUUCCCGGUCUCCGCGAGUCAUCGUAUCAUGGGACCUCUGGCCCUCUGACAGUUGAAAACACAAAGUCUCAGCACCCGAUACAAAGAUACUUUUUGAAAGGUAUAUCUGAAAUAGGCUACCAUGAGGUAGAUGUGAACGGUAAGACGCAAACUGGAUUUAACCGAGCGCAAACCACUACUAGAAACGGAUUGCGAUGCAGCACGGAGAAAGCUUAUCUGCGAUCCACAGCUGAUAGGAAAAACUUAUACAUCAGUACGAAUUCUCUGGUCAAUAAGAUUCUCAUUGAUGAAGCUACAAAAACAGCUUACGGUGUUGAAUUUGUCCGAGAAAACAUAAGGCGCAGCGUUCGUGCAAGAAAAGAAGUAAUACUCUCAGCUGGCGCUGUUCAAUCGCCUCAUCUGCUAAUGCUCUCAGGAAUUGGACCUAAAGAACACCUAGAAGAAGUUGGAGUAAAGGUUAUUCGUGACAGCCCAGGAGUCGGGCAAAAUCUUCAGGAUCAUGUUAUGACUGGUGGACUCACUUUUCUAAUUGAUCCACCAUAUAACACACCUACAACUCUAGCAGAAGUAUCGGAAUUUCUGGUUAAGAAAGAGGGUCAACUAUAUGGUCUAGGCUUCUGCGACGUACUGGGUUUCAUCAAUACCAGGUAUGCCAACAGUUCUAUCGAUUUCCCGGACCUCCAAUUAUAUCUUGGUUCAGGCGCUCAAAAUUCAAACGGUGACGUUGUGAAGAGUAUCGUUGGUCUCAGAGACGAGUUUUACGCAGCUUUAUUUUCGGGUAUAAUUGAUAAGGAAGCCUACAGUGUGACACCAGCGCUAAUACAUCCGAAAAGUAGAGGCUACAUCAAGCUGAGAGAUAAUAAUGUCGCACAACAGCCAAUCAUCGUUCCAAAUUAUUUCGACCACCCAGAUGAUCUGGAGGUUUUGGUGGAAGGAGUCUUUUUUGCUUACAAUCUCAGCCAAACCUCAGCUAUGAAGAAACUGAAUGCACGUAUCAACUCUAACACGAUCCCAGAGUGUGCUCAUUUAAAUUUUCCGUCACGUGAUUACUGGCGUUGCUACGCACGAUUUUUCACAUUGUCUAAUUAUCACUACGCUUCCACUUGUAAAAUGGGCCCUGCUGACGACAAAAUGGCUGUGGUAGACUCACGUCUGAGGGUUCACGGUGUGAGUGGUCUUCGAGUUGUUGAUGCUUCUGUUAUGCCAAUUAUUCCAUCCGGUAAUAUCAACGCACCAAUUAUUAUGAUCGCUGAAAAGGCAGCGGAUCUUAUCAAGAAAGAUCGGAACCCCAUCUUUUCUGGUGGAUGCAGGACUUCGAAUGUCAGAGCUUCGGAAAACAUCUUCCCUGAAUUUCAGAGCUACGCUGAGGCAUAG